AUUAUAACUCAUCAAUGGUUUUUCACAGAUUUGAUCUAAAUUUAUCAUUUCCAACUAAUGAAAGAGAACUUUUGUUUGAUCUGAAUAGAAGUCCACCGAGAGAAUCUACGACGUUGGAGUACGGUGCAACUGUUCCAGUUCAAGAAGGACCUGAAAAUUCUUGUUCUAUAAAUUCAGGAGAAAACGUUGAGGUGUCACAAGGUCAUGAAGAAGCUCGUGUUCACAGAAAAGAAAUGACAGAUGGUGAAAGAGUAGAGAUUUACCAUGCUUUAUUGGCAAGAAGUGUUAAUGGUAAAUUGAGGAAACAUACUAGGGCUGAAGUUUCUAGUUUAUUUUCUGUACCUUUACAAACGGUCCAACGAAUUUGGCGAUGGGCAAAAAAUAAUACCAAUGGAGAAGUUGUUGACGUAUCACAUAAGAGAAAGGGUAACUGUGGUAGGAAGAAGAUGCAGAUUGAACUCGAUCGACUUGCUGAUAUUCCACUCCAUCGUCGGAAGACAUUAAGGUCAUUGGCGGCUUCUUUGGAUGUGAGCACUGGAGUAUUGUUUCGGCAUCUAAAAGAAGGGCUCAUUAAGCGACAUACAAAUGCCAUCAAGCCAAGUUUGAGAGAAGGUAAUAUGAAAGCUCGUUUAGAAUUUUGUGUCUCCAUGCUUGACAGUAGCACUUUGCAUGAUAACCCAAAAUUUGUUGAUAUGUACAAUAUUGUGCAUAUUGAUGAAAAAUGGUUUUACAUGACAAAGAAGACAGAGACUUAUUACCUACUUCCUAUUGAAGAAGAGCCGCAUCGUACAUGUCAGAGUAAAAACUACAUUGGAAAGGUUAUGUUUUUAGCUGCUAUGGCUCGUCCAAGAUUUGAUACGAAAGGUAAUGAGACAUUUUCCGGAAAAAUAGGGGUGUUUCCUUUUGUUACAAUGCAACCAGCUCAGAGACGAAGUAGAAAUCGAGAGGGUGGUACGUUGGAGUUAAAGCUGAUGACUUCCAUCAAAAGAGAAGAUAUAAAGGAGUUCUUAAUUGAGAAAGUUAUCCCGAGAAUUCGUGAGAGAUGGCCACAAGAAGAUUUUGGGAAAACUAUUUUUAUUCAACAAGAUAAUGCAAGAACACACGUUGAUCCGGAAGAUGAAGAAUUCCAAGCAGCUGCUUCUGAUCAUGGUUUUGAUAUUCGUUUGAUGUGUCAACCACCAAAUUCGCCUGACUUGAAUAUUUUAGAUCUUGGAUUUUUUAAUGCCAUUUAGGCAUUACAACACCAAGUGUGUCCAAAGACAAUAGAAUAACUUGUUUCUGCGGUUGAAAAUUCAUUCGAUGAAUAUCCUGCAAAACAAGUGAAUCGGAUUUUUUUGACUCUGCAGUCAUGCAUGCAAGAAAUUAUGAAAGUCAAA